GCGCGCACUUUCCGGUCAUGCGCAGGGAGAUGAUACUGCUAUUGUUGCGCCGACGCGCAUCUACUCGUCGCUGCUUGUCGAUGAUGAUGCACCUCUCGUAUCAUUACCACGCAUACCUCUACAAAACCCCCAAGCGCGACUCGAUUCUCACGGGCGACCUUUGGAUGCGCGAAAUGAUGAUGGGAAACCACAACGCGUUCGUCGAAACAUUUCGCAUGCCAAGAGAAACGUUUUGUCGCCUCCUCGACAAGCUUACAACGGAUGGUGGACUAGUGGGAACGCAACAUGUCAGCAGUCGCGAGAUGCUUGGAAUGUUUUUGUACUUUUCCGGACACAAGGCAUCCAGCGCCAAUCUACAACAGCGUUUUCAGCACUCAGGAGACACUAUCACGCGUCACAUCCACAGCACGCUCAUGUCCAUAGUUCAGCUGGCGUCUCAGUACAUCCAAAUACCCAACGAAGGCUCUCCAACACCAUCUCAAAUAGCUUCGAACCCGAAGUUUGCGCCAUAUUUCAACAAGUGUCGAAUGGCCAUUGAUGGGACCCAUGUCCCAGUGUGGGUGAUUGCGACAGAAACAGCGCCGUUUCAUGGACGAAAGGGGAUUACGAUGAACGUCCUUGCGGCAUGCAACUUCGACCUGAUGUUCACGUUCGUUCUUGCUGGAUGGGAGGGUACUGCUGGCGACGGCAAAGUGUACGCGGAUGCCCUCACCAAAGGCUUGACACUGCCAACUGAUGGGUUCGACAUCCUUGACGCGGGUUUUGCAUUAACAACGAAGACACUGACUCCCUACCGAGGCACGAGAUACCACCUCAAGGAGUAUGCCAGUGGCCGACUUCGACCACAAACGAAGCAAGAACUGUUCAACCUACGACAUGCACAGCUUCGUAAUUGCAUCGAACGAAUAUUCGGAAUUGUGAAGAUGCGAUUUCCGUUUCUGUUUCAAGGUGUGCGCUACAGCUACAAGUUCCAAGUCCAAUUGGUCAUGGCGUUGUGUACUCUGCACAAUUUUAUACGUUUGCACGGUGGGCGCGACGACGAAGUUGAACGGCAAGCAUCAGACGUUAUCCGUGCAGAGAGUCAAGCACCAAUCAAUGGAAACGACAGAGCCAACUUCGACGACGCUCCUGAGAGCGAGGAAGCCAAGGUGUGGUGUGACGGAAUUGCCCAAAGCAUGUGGGAGCAGUAUCAACAAUACUUAGUCCAACGACGUGAGUUGCGUAGAUAGUGAAUUUACUAAUACCAACUACUCAAAUCAA